UUUAUAAUUUUAUGUUUUGAGAAUUCCCACUUUUUCUAUAAACAUUAACAUAACCUGUCAUAACAAGUUAAUACACAAUAAAAUAAUAUUAAUACAUUUAUUUAUUUAAUUAAAAUAAAUUUUAUACAUCUGAUUAUAAAGAUAAAUUAAUAUUUUAAUAAAAAGAUGAGUGAAUUUGAGAAAUCACUUUCGGCUAUUUGUGACAGCGUUACAAAAACUGCAGCAUAUGCGAUUAGUUAUGCCGAUAGUGGUACUCAAGAACAAAUACUAAAUACUCUACGUGGCAGCGUUGAAAAUUAUCUUGAAUGUGGGGAUAAAAUGAAACAUAUGAAUGAGCUAAUUAAUCAAUUAGCAUCUAAUAAUGCUGACACUGAUAUCGAACAAACUAUUCAGCAAUUCAAUGAUGGGGUUUUUUCAUAUGCGCCAAAUGUUGCAGCAAAUAAAUACUUGAGAGAGUACGACCAUCGUGUAAACGAAUUAAAAAAAAAUUUGGCUGGAGCAAGAGGUGAUGAGGAGGAUGAUGAUAAUGAUGGAGAAUUGCAAAUCACAGAAGACGAUCAUUCUAAUCGUAUUUGUCCAAUUAGUAAAGUCAGAAUGACUGAACCAAUGAAAAAUGAUAUUUGCGGACAUGUUUAUGAUAAAGCAAGCAUAAUAGCUUUAUUGCAGCGAAAUCCUGCUACAAGAUGCCCCAUUGUUGGAUGUAGUAACAAAGAAUAUUUGAAUAUGAACCAUCUUAAAUCUGAUAUUGUGAGACAAAUGUGUUUGGAUAACGACCUCGAGUAAAAUUAAAUUUAUUUAUUUUCCUUAAGUAUAAUGAAACAAAAGUAUUUUUUUAUUAUUAAAUAGAUUAAAAUUAAAAAAAUUUUAAUUUACUAAAAUAUGUCAUAAGUUCGGUUUAUAAUAUAAUAAGUAAUCAAAAAACUUUUUUAAAAUAUAUCCUACAAA